AUGAUCCGCGAAUACGAAGGUAUAGAUUUAGCAAAAAGUUAUGAUCAACUCCGUCCGAGUUAUCCUGGGCAACUCGUAGAGGAAAUUCUGGCAUAUCUAAGGAAAAAUUGUGUCUAUGGCUUUUCCAAGAGAAUAAUGUUGGACGUCGGUUGUGGUGGUGGAAAAUCUACAAAAAUAUUCACUCCUUAUUUUGACUCAAUUCUUGGCAUUGACAUUAGUGAGGGCCAAAUCGAAUUCGCCAAAGAGAACAAUAAAGCAGAUAAUAUUGAAUAUAGACUUAUUGAAGGAAACAUAUUUCCACUGGAAGACGGAACUGUCGAUUUCGUCAAUUGCGCAACUACUGCCCAUUAUUUGGACCUCAAUUUGUUUGAGAGUGAAUGCGAAAGAGUCUUGAAACCAGGUGGUUGUGCUGCUGUUUACGCAUAUGCUCCUUUCACUAUCAAAUCUUUGGAAAAUGAAAUACUGGCUGAAAUUAAACAGGAUUCUGUAUACAAGCAGGUAAUGGUGAAGUUUAUCAGGGACUGUGGGGCCCACGAAGGAAACCUAGCAGUGUUAGAAAGAUACAAACCGAUAUACGACCAGCUAAAAAACGAAACAAAGCAAUUCAAAAUCUCAGAAUCAACUGUUCCGUAUACUGUGACAAACUUCCUGAAGUUGCAUGAAACCGUUUUUGGGUACAGUCGUUUUCGUGGUCGCGGUGGUAAAGACCCAUUAACUGAGUUCGGAAUUUCUUUGAGAAAGUUACUCAAACUGCAAAAUACACCGGACGACCAGUUGAAGUUCAACGUUGUAUACGAAUAUCCUUUAAUAUUGUUCUACAAAGCCAAAUAA